UCAGAAUUUUGUUAAAAUCUUUAGCAAAUUUUUUAAGGUUAACAUCGUUCCAUAAGUUUUCUAUUAGAUUAAAGUCAGGGCUUAACACUGGCUCAAUACAUUCAAUAUUUUACGUUUAAAGUGAAUAAAAUUGUAAAUUUAUUUUAAAGUUUAUGUUAAGUGAAUUUUCGGGUAAAUAAUAACAAAUUAUGGAGAAAAGUGACACAGACUCCGAGUAUCAAAGCGGUGCUUUAGGACCACCAACUAAGAAGAAAUUACGUGCGGAAAUUGUGCAUAAAAAGUGUGUGACAACAGAUUCAAGACAAGAUUUUAAACCUAGUGAGACCCAAUCAAUUGAUAAUGAAUCACGAAGAGGUUUACCAUUACAAAUAAUUGGUGACAUCGUGAUUGAACAUGGCAAUAAUCAAAUGGAAGUUAAUGAUGGAAAUCUCACUAUAGAUCAUGUACAAAAACCGAGACAAAUGAUUGAAGUUAGGUACAUUAAUUUCGAUUUUACUUUUAUGAUCAUUCAUGACUCUAACAAUAAUUUACCACAUUUACACAACUGAAAUUAUGGAAUUAUAGGUUGAAUAAAGCGCCAAAAACUUCUGCAGAACGUGGUCGAGAAUUCAGAGCACGAAAAGCACUGCUUAAAAAACAAUGUAAGCAACAACAGGAACCAGAUGCAAUAGUUGAAAUUGCUAUGAUACCUCGAAUAUAGUAACUUCGAACAUGGACAUUCUAUUACGACAUAUUCGUGAAGUUGAUAUUUUUCAGUCAUCAAUUGGUGAUAUAUGUGCUGCUCACUGUGUUUUGGACGAUGGAACAAACAUCAUAAUGGUAGUUGUUUACAUUUCGCCCAAUAACACAGUUAAUAAUAUCAUAAAGUUUAUAUACAGAAGACUUAUGAUUUAUGGUCGAGUAGGUUCUGAAGAACUAGGAGAAAACUAUCAUACGUUGCCACUAAUCUUAGCAGGAGAUUUCAAUAUCAAUUUCAUCCGAAGAUGGACAACUCUUGAUAAACUUUCUACGAGAUAAAUUAGAAUUACAAAUGAAUAAUGACCGUAAUGAGCCAACUACAAGACAUGGACCAACAAUCGAUGCAGUUUUUUCUAGAUUUCGGUCUAAUUUUAAUUCUAAAAUAUAUGUAUCGUAUUUCUCGUAUCAUAAGCCUAUU